AUCUUCGUCAAACUCAAACCCCCAAAAUUCUUUCACGCUACCCUCCUUGGUAAUUUCCCUCAUUAUCUAAACAGCCCCCGCCCGCGCCUCCACUUUCCGCCAAUAUAUUAUUUUCAGUUCACCGUUACUUAUUCGCCGUGAGGGUGCGCGCCGCGUUUACUCGUAUUAAGCUCGAUUAGGGUUUCCACCGGCAUUUAUUGUCGUCCUUUUUCGAGAAUCAACGUUAAGCAACCUCGACGGAUUCUAUGUUUGGGUUUUAUAUCGAAUAUUGAUUUGAUAUUGGUGUUUCUUAUUUGAUUCAGAGGGUUUUGUGUUCUAUUGUUAUUUUUAUUUUCUGGGUAGGAUUUUUUGGGGCUGAGGUGAUGCCGCGAAGUUCAAGGCAAUCUAGCAAGCAUAGUUCUAGGGAUGCUAGGGACUACUCAGAUUCGGAGAAAGAUUUGAGCUUAAAGGAGAAGGAGAAAAAGAGCAAGGAAGAGAGCAGUGGUAAGUUUUCAAAGAAGCCUGGAUCCGUUGAGAAGAGAAAGCUCGACUCCAAGGAUACCAGCAAGGAACUAUGGAUUUCGGAGAACGGAGAUUAUGUGGAGUACAGUUCCUCAAAGCGGCGCAAAGAUAAGGCAGACGACAGAGUAAGCGACCGGUGGAACGGCGGUGAAGACGAUGGUAAAGUAGAGAAGAAGUCCAGGAGUUCAAGUGAAUCGAAGAGUAAGAGAAGAGAGGAUGCAGAAGGAGAUGAUACAAAGAGGAGUAAAAGUGAGGGGAAGCAUCGAGAAUCCAGUAGAAAGGAGGAAAGGGAGAGAGAAAAGAAAGGUAAAGAAGGAAAGAGUGAUAGGUUGAUUGAGAGUGAGGAUCACCGCCCUCUGAGACAAUCCGCUGAAAGAACUGAGUUGCAUGUACCAGAUCGGUUGCAAAGUCCUGAAUCAGACAGCCUGCAUGAGAGACAAAUUAGGAAAAAGAGAGAUGCUUCUGAUGAUGGUGAUAAGCAUUUGGAAGAUAAUGGAGGUAUUUUGGAUAGACAGUUGUCCAUAAGCAGUGAUACUGGAAAAGAUGCAAGAGCAAAGGAUGAGAGUUACAAAGACAAGUAUCGAGAAGACAUGAACUGUGAAGAUAAGUGCCGAGAUAAUAAGCUGAGAGGUGAUCGAUCAGCAAGUGAUCUUGCUAAUAGUAAGUCCAGUGAGAAGCAUUUAAGGGAUGGAAAAGAUAAUGCGAAAGUUAAGCAGAAAAAGUCCAAGGUUCAAGAUAGUGACUUUGAGCGUGACCACGACCAUGAUAGAGAGCGUGAUCGUGAUAGAGACCAUGAGCACGACCUGGAGCGUGAGCGGUAUUGCGAUCUUGAUCGGGACCAUUAUCGAGAUCAUGACCGCAACCGUGAUCAUGACCAUGACCGUGAUUAUGAUUAUAAAUGGGAUCGAGAACGUGAUCGCCAUUGCAAUGAUCGGGACAAAGAUAGAGAUCACGACCGUGAUGAACAUGAUGAACGGAGGAGUGCGAGAUACAAAGAUAGUAAGGGAAGGAAACGAUCUCCUGAUGACCGAGAUGAUGGUAUUGGUAGUAAUACUAAAUCUAGAAGUACCAAAUUACACUACUCUGUCAUGAAUAUUAAAUCAUCAACUUCUGGUAGAGUGGAGGUAGAUUCUGAUAGGGGAAGGUCUCAGUCACACCCUGCCAAUUUUGAUGCUUCUACAGGCAGCAGCAGAAGGAGAGCUUCUCCCAGCUCGAUUUCCCAUGGUGGGACUGAUGAGUAUAGACAUUUGAAACAAGAAGAUUCAAAUUAUAGAGAUCAAAAGACAGAGCAGAGGUCCAAAGCAGCUUCAUCAAGAGAGGUAACUAGUUUAACACCUGAGAGAGGUACUAAGUACAGAACCAUGGAGAAAUCAAAUAGGGUAGAUGAGGGCCAUUUUGGGGAGUUACCAAUUGAGAGGUCCUCAAGUUCAAAAGCUUCCCCAAUGAGUAUGAAGGAAAGAUCUCCUUCAACAAGUCUUGAGCGUAGAUAUAUGAGUCGAAGUGGUGUUAAGUGGGAUCUUGAUAUAGAGGAGACGGGAUGGACUAAUGCCUCAUCUGGUGGCAGAGAGGAGGAUAAUAAACUUAGUCGAGACAUACCUCCUGAGAAACCUCUUUUGGAUGGAUCCUUUCAAGCAGAUUCUGUGUUCUAUAAUAAAGCUGGUCAGGGCAACUCAUCUUUGAUUUCACACCCACCUGGUUUAAGACCUGGAAUUGGCAGCCCCUCUUUCAUGGGGUCUAUAGAAGAAGAUAAUAGAUUUAAUAACAACGGUCGUUACAAGAGGAGUGGUAAUCUAAAUGUUAGAAGAGGGCAUGCAAAUGGUUGGAGGGGUGCCCCAAACUGGCCAGCACCUGUUCCAAAUGGUUUCAUCCCAUUUCAACCUGGGCCACCCCAUGGUGGUUUUCAAGCUAUGAUUCCACACUUUCGUUCUCCAUCGCUGUUUGGCGUUAGACCCUCAAUGGAAAUUAACCACUCUGGGAUUCCAUAUCACAUUCCCGAUGCCGAAAGUUUUAGCAAUCAUUUGCGCCCAAUGGGCUGGCAGAAUACAAUGGAUGGUUCUGGUCCUGCCCCUUUUCACUGCUGGGAUGGCCACAAUGUCAAUUUUAGGGAUGAAGGGCACAUGUUUGGGCCCCCUGAAUGGGACCAGAGUAGGCAUACAGUGAAUGGUCGGGGAUGGGAUACCGGUUCGGAUGUGUGGAAAGGACAAAAUGGUGAUUCUGACUUACCCGCAACAUCUCAGAAAGAGGACCAUCCUCUGCAGGUCACUCUUGAUGAUGUAUAUGAUGGACCAGAGUCUCAAUAUGAAAAUGGCAAUAAUUGUGUUCAGGUGAAAGGUCUUGAAAUAAGAUCUGAUGUCUUGUCACCAAUCGAUGGAUCUUCUCGAUUUUCAUCUGAGAUUCCACAUAAGGCACCUGAUUCUUCUAAAAUAUCAUGCGAAGAUAAUGACGCUUGCUGUUGUCAGGCUUAUCUUUGCAAGCUUGACAUUUCAGCAGAACUAGCUGGUUCUGAAUUGUAUGAUCAGUGUAUGAGUUUGAUGAAUAUGCAGAGAAAUAAAGAUUUGUCUAAAGAUGUAAUAAUGCUUGUGACUUUGAAGAAUGGUGGACGACCAAUACAAAAUACUUCCAUUGCUGUACUGAGCCCUUCACUCAUUCCUCCAGCUAAUGCUUCUGUUUUUCGGGUACUUGGGAGAGCCAUGGUCCUCUACAAGAAACACCAGCUACAGGUGGGUGCUGUCCCUAAUGUCAAUGGUAGAACGUUAGCAUUUACUUCAGCGACUAUGAAGGGGAAGGAGCAAAGUUCUGAUCAUGUUGUAGACCUAGCGGAGAAGUCAGGUCCGAUUUCCGAUGCAGAAAUGGUGGAUUCCGAGAUGCUAGAUUCAGAUCAGCGGAAAGGAGAGGCAGUUCGAACUGCCACAUGUCACGAGAAUAUGGAACAGCUAGCUUCAACCCAAAGCAGGGAGUUACUGGAUCAUCCAGAUAGCCUUUCUCCAGAAAAACCAGAACUGCCAAAUACUGAUUUUGGUCACAUGAACGUGGAGGUCCCUAAACCAGUUUUGAAUGGCAAUAAGACGGAGGAGUCCGAGACUGAUCAGAUGAAUUCAGGGGAUGCAGCCGGAGAUCCUUUGCAGUCGCUUGAUAAUGCAGCAGAUGCUGUUCAUUUGGCAGCCGAUGAGGAAAAUUCAAACGAUAUAAACAAAACUGAAGGUAAUAGUUCUGUGAAUUGUGUCAAGGGAACACAUACCUCUUGUGAUUCAAUUAGUGGUUCUUUAAAUGAGUCUCCCCAGGUAAACGAGUCCGUAAUUUCAAGUCUGAUACAUCACUCACCUGAAAGUACACAUUGAGACGAUUUCUAUAUCAUUGUUCUUUUAUGAGCAUUUUAAUUCAUGGUUUUCC